ACCAAUAUCCCAGCCGCUGGCCCAACUCCGCCCUUGAAGUUCACCCUAGAGGCCACACCCUCCCGUCUGGGUCACCCGGCCAGCAAGCAGAGGCAGACAGUCCACCAAGUGAGUGUAGGCCACCUCCUGCCCAAGGCACAAGCAAGACGCCAAAAUGUCAGAGAAACCCGAGGACCCGAGGGACCCGAUGCCCUCAGAGAGGAAGUCCAUGUGGAGGACCGCUGAGGAGAGGCGGAUGUCCGACCUCACGCGGGUGCUGGAGUGGCUGGCGCGGAGGCAGGGGAAGAAGCAUCAAGGUCUCCAGAAGCACAAGCCCAAGAUGGCGACACCUUUUAAAGCAAGGGGGAAGGAAGAAAAGAAAGGCAAAAGCGUCCCGAAGCCCCAGGGAGGGAACCGCCAGGUGUCGUUCUCUGACCAGGCCACAGGGCAAAGCACCAAGAAGGAGAACUCCGCCAGGUACCGAAGGCCCUACGGAGCGGAGCCAAAGGGAAAACGCCUCAGCACAGUCCCGGGCAACUACACCAGGGACAGCGCCAGGAAAUCUGACCUAGACAUCAAGGAUGCAAUCGCCCUGGAGUCCACUCAGCGGUCAAUGCCGUACCGUCGACAAAGCAUUACAGAACCCACGUUGCCGGACACUAUCUUUGGCCAGCGGAGGUCAACCCUCCUGAGAGACUGGGUAGUCAAGGCACCCGACAGCUCCUAUGAGCGCAAGCUGAAGAGCCUCAUGGAGAAGGGCACCGAGCCCAAGAUAGAGAUGGUGAAAAUGCUGAAACCAGAGGAGGUGCUGAGCUGCCGCCCUCAGCAUCACUCAGAUUACACACACAUCGCAGCAAGGAGAGAAAGACCUGGCAGUUUGCAGCCUGGUUUUUUCUGCCACUCAACAUAACGUCAUGGCCACAUUGCACCUCCUUCCUAGUGACGUUUAAUGCUAGCAGAAGAGUCACUGAAAGGGAUAUUCCAUUAUGUGUUUAAUCGUUCCUCUGUUGAUGGAAUUUCUUAUUUCCCUGUUGUUGAUAACCCCAAAAUGAACACUUUCAUUUAUACAGCUUUUCUUUCCACUGACUUCUCUUUUUGCAAUAAGUUGAGGGCCUGAGUGGAGUUAC